UGCUGAUCAAUUCAAAUCCAGUUUCCUCUCAUUUCCCCCCUGCUUGUGCUUCUUUAGCAUACCUUCUCAGAUCUUUUUGUGCGUCUCUGCAAGCAAACACGUUUCCACCAAAUGUCCUGCUUUUACUGCGGGCUAAUAGACGAGGAAUGGAAGAAGUGAGUGAGGGAAGUUUAUGAAGGAGGUCUGGUAGCGUUUGAAGCAGAGGAAUGUGUCAGACGGGGCAUACGCCGCCGGUAGCCUGAAAACAUACACACAUGCAGACAUCCUGACACACACUCAUUCAAAGAUCCCAAGGGUUUGAUCACUGGGGAUUUAGGACAACCUGUCUCCUUUUGUAUCUCCUAAACAAACAGCAUAACAUAUCCCCCCAGCCAUGUCCAUGGCUCUUUUGUGCUCUGGCCUCCUGUUUCUGCUGAGUGGUUUUCAGUCUGCUUCAGCCACAUUUGUAGCUGAUAUGGACUAUGGAGGCAUUCCUCUGUGGAUUAACCGCCUGCUAGGCGAGCCCAGUGUGUUGAGUCUGCAGGGGCGAAUGGAUCCAGCCUGGUUCCGCGCUAAUAAUCCGCAGCCCUGCCCUGAAGAGUGUGACUGCCCCAUCCAGUGGCCCACAGCACUCUACUGUGACCAGAGAGCCUUGGCACACAUCCCUGACAGCCUGCCGGACAGAACUCAAUACCUGUUUCUACAGGGCAACAACAUCUCAACCCUGUCCUCCUCUGUGCUGGCCAACGUUACCGGGCUUCGAUGGCUCAUUCUGGACAACAACCAACUGGAGAGCGACAAGCUGAAGCAGGACUCUUUGCAGAGCCAGACCCAGCUGUGGUACUUCUUUGCUAACCACAACCACCUGAGUUCAGUGCCCAGUGCUUUACCAGCUGGACUCAAACAGCUGCGACUGGCCUACAACCAAAUCAGCAGCAUCAGCCCAGAAGCUUUCCAGAACAUGCAUAGCCUGGCAUUGCUGCUGCUGCAGGGAAACAGACUGAAUACCAUCACAGAGGGAGACCUCAGAGGUCUGGUCAGUCUGAACCUGUUGGACCUCAGCGGGAAUUCAUUUUCAACCAUUCCCAGGCACUUACCUUCCUCCGUUGAGCAGCUCUAUCUGUCAAACAACUCUCUCACUGGACUGGAUGAGGACAGUUUUGAGGGAUUUCUCAACCUUAAGUAUCUACGCCUAAGUCACUGUGGCCUGCAGAACCGUGGGGUCCACUCGCAGGUCUUUAACCACUCCAGCUUGGUGGAGCUGGACCUUUCAUAUAAUAAACUCACUGCUAUUCCCACAGUCCCCACCACCCUCCAGUACCUCUACCUGGAGGCCAAUAAAAUACAAGAGUUCAAUGUGACCAGUUUCUGCAGAGAGGUGGGACCUCAGUCUUACUCCAAGAUGAAGUUUCUACGAUUGGAUGGAAACAAAAUAUCCUACCAUCAGCUGCCUCCCGACUGGGUGUUCUGCCUGCGAGUCCUUCAACGUAUUUACAUCUGACUCUACGUUUUGAACACAAAACCAACACAGAGGUGCUCUGUGUAACUGUCAGCCCAUCAAACCUCCAACUACGACUCAGCAUUUCAAUAUCCAGCUCAUAAUGUGAACUCUAACAGCCCAGCUUUAAAGCUUAAAACCAGAGAAGAGUCUGAUUAUGUGUUCAAAUAUGUAGAUACGCAGCCAGGUGGUGGUGGUUAGAGGAAAACUGAGCUUCAAAAGAUAGCAAAGCUUGAACUUAACCCUAAACCAGUGUUAUUUAUUGGUAAUGACAGAGGUUCUGAUCAAACCCUUUCUUAUACCGCCACUGCAGCCUCGUGGCUUUCUCUCUUUUCCAAGUUCUGCAUCAUCAGGUUUUAAACAUCUGUGUAUUAUUAGUGAAUAGGAACAGUGACAACCCAUCUCAUUUUUGAGUUUACUGAACGAUGUGCUCUGGUUAAACUGAGCUGCCCUUGGGCAAAGGAAGCAUGUAUGAAUGGCAAAAUUCAGUAGCUUUCCCAGGAGUGGAUCUGACUCAUUCAGCUGCACCCUGUUUAACAGCCACACCAGUCUACAUGUGGAGCUGGGUGGAAAAUGAACAUGACCUGAAGCAUGCUUUGAAGACUUUGUAAACCUCUUUAUUGUUAGAUUCUUUAAAUCUCAAAUCAACAACUGAUUUCCAUGAUAAAUAAAAUAA